AUGGUGGUGAGACACGUGGAGGACGCCAAGCAGUUCCAGAACCUGUUGAGCCAGACCGAGCAGCUGGUGGUCGUCAUGUACUCGGCCGAGUGGUGCAGCAACUGCCGCAUGAUCCGGCCGCAUUUCUACAACCUCUCCGAGCAGUUGACCAACAUCGUCUUCGUGGAGGUGGAUGUCGACGACGCGGAGCCGCUUGCUCGGUCCGCUGGCAUCACAUGCAUGCCCACCUUCCACUUCUUCAGGCGCUCGGCCAGAAUGGGAGAGUUCUCGGGGACCAAGAGGGAGAAGUUGGAGCGCCUACUGGACGAACUGCAGUGAGCGGCCUGUUAGAAAUUUAGAAAAAAAUAGACAGGGAAACACGAAAGCCCAAAAAAACCUGGCGUUUGAAUUCUCUGGAUUAAUAAAAGUGCAGCUAAAAAUAUAUAACCAGAGAAAGUAAGGGAGGCAGUUUUCAAAAUUCAUUUUUGGAAUGUGCCCAUCACCUUCUCCAAACUGUGAUUAUGGUGGAUUUUGAUGGCUAUUUCAGACAGUAGUUAAGAAUCAAUCACGACGGUUGUGAACACCAAUGGGAUUUUCGAAGUUUUGUAUUGUACAGGGAAACUGGCACAUUAUUUUGGAUCAGGACUGGUUUAGAGUGGACCUUGCAGUAUAUAUUUUAAAAGAGCUAACAUUUAUGUGGCAUCUUUCGCAUUUUCAGGAUGUGUAGUUGCACCAUAUCAGCUGCAGCUGAAUAGUAGCAUUCUAACCUCUUUGUGUCAGAAGGCUGUGGUUUCAAACGCAAUUCUAUAGAAAAUCCAGGAAAAUUCUGCAGUUAUAGCACCGAGAGUGAUGCACCAUCAGAGGUUCCAAUUUUUGGGUUGAGAACGAUACAAGAUGUAGGCUCCCCUCUUGGCUAGAUGGUGGAAAGAUCCCAUUGCGCUUUUUUGAAGAAAAGUAGGAACGAUCUUUCAAGUGUCCUGGCUGAUACUUCUCCCUGAACUAAUACCAAUAAUAUGCAGUUGCUGGUGUUGGACUGGGGUAGACAAGGUCAGAAAUCACACAACAGUAGGUUAUAGUCCAACAGAUUUAUUUGAAAACACAAGCUUUU